CUCAGAGAAUCACUUCAAAGGUUUACGAGAUCAAUUUAAAUUUGUCUGAAUCUCAUCGCACGAUGUUAGAUGGGUUUAAAGUUUUUCUGCAGAGUGGCGAUCGCCUUAGCCAUAGUUUUAAUAGCAGUAGUUAUCUUAGAAUUUAUGUUACUGACUUUAUACGUUAAGGAGCAAGAAGAAGAUGUCCUUAAAGCUACACAAGAACCGAUUGUUGCAGGGAUUAGAGGACUUGAAGUUGCCACGGAGAACAAUAAUUUCGCGUCAUCUACGAAAGAAUCACAUUCUAAGAAAAAAGAAGUGAUAGAUGUUCCGACUAAAAGGUAAAGAAGUACAUUUACCUCCUAUGAUAGGCAAGAAGUAAUAUAUGCUUAAUAAGGUUAUGUUAUUACAUGUAUAAAAAAACGUGAAUCGUUUCGAUUGUUAAGGAACAAUGAUAAUAGAAACCUGGGUAGAAAAAUAUUUAUACACGUAAAAGAGAACAAAUGGCAUACUUUUCUCCCUGUCGUUACUAAAAUGGAAGCCUUGGUUUGCAGAGUAAGGCAUGAAGCCGCUUGCAUUUAUUCAUUGAGAUAUUCAGCUGAUGUUUUCAUUAACUGAAUUAUUUUCCAGCUGCUAGGAAUUAAAUGGUCAGCAGUUGACAAUUAUCUGAGGGUCAUUCCACCAACCUCCCAUUGAGAGGGAGGCGUAAGGGGGGUAUGAAUACCCAAAACCUCACAGAAAUACGUAUAAACACCACACAGAAUAACAUUAGAAAACCUCAAACCGCAUUGAAAUAAUCUGAAAAUUUCUAAAUAUUGCUAACCGCUUGGUAUUAUAAAACUGCAAUACCACAACUUAAAGUAACAAUUUCUGCAAAACUGCACCAAAAAUUGAGCAAAACCACGUCACCGCAAGCUGUUACACCCCCCUCCAUAGAUGAGAUUUUUUGAGGGGGUUGCGGCAUUGGCGCCUUUUUUGUUUGGAAUGUUUCUGAGCAAUAUGGAAAAAUUCCUUUUGAGUGUAGGGGAGAAAGAAAAUGUGGGCUAUUUGGAGGGGCUGAGUAGUGGACUGGGUCAGUACUUUUGAUCCUUUUAGUCAAGUUAUUUUAUUUGUGGGUGUGGCAGGUGGCUAUUAUUAAUGGAAGAUGUGAGGCAUUUAUGCAUGGCCAUCUGCUAAGGUUAAUUCUGGCAGGUUUUUAGUGACAGCUAAAAUUAUAAAUAAAUAAAUAUUGUGGACAUCUCAGAGACAUACAUCCCUCUUGAUGAUUUCCUCAAACAAUAUGGUAAGAUCGAUCAUUGGUGAAGAAUUCCAUUAUUGGAUGUACUGGUUAUAACAUAAAGCAUAGUUGUGUAGAAUCCCUCGUGGGUCCACUUAUGCCCUUUAUCCCUUUUGCAAGUUCAUUUAUAUUGUGUUUUUGUUUAGGGUGGGGUGGGGUGGGGAGAUUCAUAUAAAACUUAAAGGGAUGAUCAUUAAAGAUUUUUAGUAACUGAACCCUUUGAAAACUAAAUCUAUUUUUGAGAAUAGCUUAAGUUUAUUUUCCACUGUUGCAUAAUUUUUAUGUGCAUAAAUAAAAUAGAGGCAAUGUGUGGAAGGUCAGCCAUAAGUGUAAAUGCUAUGUGCUUAUGCAAAUAAAAAUUAAAUAACAAUGGAAAUCCACAACAGUACUGAUCCAUAACAGAACAUUACCUAGGGGUGAAUCCAGAAAAUUCAGAAAGGGGUGGCCCACUUGCCAACCAUAUAGUUAUAGUUAUAUAGUUAUAGUUAUUCUAUAGUUACUUUUUAUUUUUCUGAGAAUUCUAUAAAAAUAAUACAAAAUUUAAAAGAAAAAGGGGUGGUCACGGCCCCCUUUACACACCCCUAAAUCUGCCCUUGUUACCUGUGACAGUAUAACUCAUAAUUAGCCAAGGUUUAUUUUCAAGGUGAAUUAAACAUUUGGCUUGAAGCUAGUUAUAUUCUCUUUAGAACAUUGACCCUACCUACCAUUCAUGUAAGUGCUGUGGUGUGUGGAGACCGGGCAGUUGAAGCAACAACAAUGCUCAAGUCAACAACUCUAUUUACUAAGAGAACUGUACAACUCCAUGUUGUCGCAGAAGAUCAACUCCAUGAUGAUUUAAAGAACAUUUUUAAUCAAUGGCAUACAGUUCGAUCUGGAAAAGUCAUGUUCAAAAUUUACUCUUUACACUUUCCUGGGGAAAAGUUUGAUGAGUGGAAACGACUUUUCAAGCCAUGUGCAUCACAGAGGCUGUUUCUUGUGGUAAGUACAAAACUAUUUAUUAUGUAAUGUAUGUGUUUAGUCUGUUUCGUUGCGUACUUGUCAGUUUAGAUAACGACUUGUGGCUUUUAGUGCAAAUGAAAACGUAGAGCUGAAUAUUGUGAUAAGCUGUUUAAAGGCAAUUUUAUGUUGAGUUUUUUUAUGUACAGUGAGAGAACCUUGAUAUAACAAAGGGCCAAGGGACUGGCAAAUUGUGUUCGCUUCAAUUAUGAGGAUUCAUUAAUGAAAGUUCUUUUCCAUAUUUUACUAUUACCAGGGUAAAGAAAAUCAUUCACUUUACCAAAGACUUUGUUAUAUAGAGCUUCAUUAUAUUGGGGUAUAAAAUUGUAAGACAAACUUUAGAGGGGUGUUCAGAGCCACUUUAAAUUUGGGGGAUCUUGUAGUGGCAUCUGAAUACCUUCUUUAUCAAUUUUCUACAAAAUCUCUCCUUGGAUAACAGUAUUUUGAACAGAAUAUACUGUUGCCAUGGUAACUUUGCACGUCAGGAAAAUGAUCAUAACUUGUUUAUCAGUGAUUGGACACUUAGUACCAGUGACGAUUGUUGUAGCAUCUGUUGAUAAAGAGUAGUUAGCUACUAGGAGACAUCAGUGUUUUCAAACAAUGUUUUUGUUAGUUCCAAUCUGCAACAAGUAAAACAAUAGAAUCUUUUGUUGAAAGAACCAGUGCACUUCUGGUUGGCACAUUACACAAAUGAUUACGAUGUCAAUAGGCGACAUAAGCAUGAGUAUUGCUUUAGGACUGAUUCUUCACCUGAAAGUACAGAGCAUUAAUUAGAGUAAUUGUAGAGCUAAGUGGCAAAAUUAAUAUUCUUCCAUAGAAGUCCAUUAUCACCUUUCUUGGGUUUUGCCCUUCGUUUCAUUAUUAUAUUUGAUGCAGUAGCUAAAUGCUGUUUAUGGACCUUGGUAAAAGAUUGUUGUAUUCUUUUUCAUGGCCAGCUACAUGCCCAAAAAUAACCUUGCUACAUUAAUCUUCUGGUUUCAUCAAUGAAAUGCUGGUUGUUGCCAUUUUGAAAAAGUGGCUGUUACCUGAAGGUUUCAAUAAACAUGAACAUCUGAACUGGCAGGCAGGAUGAAGGAUGGCCUACUCGAAAGAGGGCCAAAUCAUAAUAGGUGGAGGUUUGAUUGUAAUGGAACUGUUGUCAGGUUUCUUAAGAUAGCAUAUCGGAAAUUUAUUUUCUAGGAUGUGCUGGAUUCCAUUGAUAGUGUGCUGUACAUGGAUACAGACACACUGUUGCUAAGACCUGUGGACGACAUUUGGGAUCACUUCAAGAACUUUGACAGCUGGCAGCUGGCAUCAAUGACGCCAGAGGGAGAAGAAACAUCAUUGACCUGGUAUCCCAGAUUUGCACGUCAUCCUUUUGCUGGCAAAAACGGAAUGAAUUCUGGUGUUAUGCUUCUUAAUUUAACCAGAAUGCGAGCAUUUGGGUGGAAGGAAAAGAUAAUUGAAGCUUACAACAAGUACAAACUUAGCAUAACCUGGGGAGAUCAGGACUUAAUAAAUAUUGUUUUUCAUGAUCAUCCAGGUAAUGGCCUUGUUUCCUUUUUUGAAGAUUAUUUAUUUCACACUAGCUCCUUGAUGUGGAGGCCUUUGUACAAGAAUGUCCCCUUGAUAAUCUGGUAAAAUUUUUAAAGUGCUGCAAAAUUUCAAAAUUAUGCAGUUUAUUUUCACCUUUAUUACAGAAAAACUGUUCCAAGAAAUUAUGUGUGCAAAACACAUCUACUUUACAAUCAGCGACAACAGAUCCCUUAACUUUCUGCCACCCUAAGGGCAAAGUUAAGCCCGACUCUCCCCCAAACAAUGUUGUUCUUUGUUGAUUAAGGUGAAAUGUAGUAAUAUUGGAAAUAAUUUAUAAUUGACCUUUCCCACAUUCCUGUAAACAAAGGCACCCACACAAGGUUUGGGUGGACAAAUACAGUGAUUUGUAUGAAAUUGUCCACCUGAGCCUGAUCAUCCUCAUUUCUUUAUGUUUGCUCACUGAAGUGUAAAUAUGCAGGAAAGGUCUAUUUAAUGUGAUGUGCAUUAUCAAACAAGGUUGUAAGCUUGACUUAGGGUUCAGUUUAGAAAGCUGCACAUAUUCUACAACAUUGAAAGAGGGGGGAAGAGAAGGGAUAUUGCAGCAAGACAUUGACCAGGGUAGUGCAGGGUAGUGUAAUUAAGUUAAGUGCUGGUAUGGAUAUUUUCUGACAGAAGAGCCAUUUACACAAAUAUGAAAAAUGAGAUACCUAGCUAGAUGUGUCUUAAUCAAAGCAAACUUCCUUUAUAAAAUUAAUGAUACAACAACAGUCUCAGUGAGACACACCUUACAUAAUUGCAUAUAUGUUCCUGCUUUUGUCUUACAAUUUGUCCUUUGGUGUUUCAAAUGCCCAAGAGGUUUUGCACCCCAACCCCCACCCCACCCUCACUAAUGUUUCUUAUUGUUAUUUGAGAAUGUCAGCUUUGCACCACUUGUAUCUACAUCACAACUAACUGUCAGAUGUGAUGUUUUUAGGUUUGCUAUAUGUUUAUACAUGUGACUGGAACUAUCGUCCUGACCACUGCAUGUAUGGGAACAAUUGUGGGGCAGCUAAAGACAAUGGCAUAUCAGUAGUCCAUGGAAAUAGAGGAGUCUUCCACAAUGAUAAACAAGUCUUCUUUAAAGCUAUUUAUAACACCUUGAGAGAUUUUAAACCUGGUGAAAACAUCACGUUGCUGGCAACUCGUUUAUCAGAAAAUCUUAAAUCUGUUGGGACUGAUCCCUAUUGUAAUGCCAUGGUUGACAGUGUGUUAAAAUAUCCCAAAAAAUAUUCUGUCUUAUGAAAAUUGGUAAUAUAAUUUAAUUGUUUUUAUAGGUAGUUUGAUUUUUACACAGAAAGUCAUUAGCAACAGUUACCUAAUUUGCAACUGAACAUUAGCCUCUUACAUACACCAGUCAUUCAUAAUAUUUAUUUUAUGCAUACCUGUAUUUUGAUUUCUUUAUAAUAAGCAUAAAAAUGCUAAGUAUUUUGACAGUAAACAUUAUUAUGUUCAUGUCCAUGCACCCUCUCUGUAAAUGAAAGGAAUUUCAUGAUUUUGGAGUCGAGCUCAUUCAAGAGGCCUACAUAAUCAAACUUCCCUGUAGCCUCCCACUCAGAAGUUCUCUUGGCUCAUCAGACAACCCUCACCAAGAAACGUGGGGCAGGAACAUGUGAUUAGCCUGAACCCCGAAAUCUUGUGUUCUUGUGUGUGGGUGUUUACUGUAUUUCAUCUACUGAGAGAAGGAAAUUAGCUGUUGUGCAAAUGUUCGGACUUUUAGAUAGAAAACACUGAACAUGGUCAUUUGACAUGUUGUUUGGGAAAACAAACGUUUAAUCCAGCAGGGGGGUGGGGGGACUUCCCAGUAGUAGGCAAAUGGGUAUGUGCCGCUGGAGGGGGUUGCAUUUUCACAACUGGAUAUUGACUAUUUUGGGGUUGCAUUUUUAUAAGAGUUACUAGAAUGGGGUUGCACAUUUUCAGGAUUUUAGGGAUCAGAAAAUUCAGGUAUGUAGGGAUUUAAAAAUAGAAAGAUUUACACCACAUUAAGUAUUAACAAAUAUGUCAGUUUCAGGAUGACCAUUAGUUAAAAGGCUUGAUAAAGUAGAUACAUGAACAGAAAAUGACUAAGUUGGGAUUGUGAAAAUUACUUUUCCCCAAAGUGACUUUAAGAUGGGUUCUAUAAAUGGCAACAGAAUAGCCUACAAUGGGUAGGGGUUCUUAGGAGACUAGUGGCACCUACCCAUCAAAAAUUAAACCAGUUACGAAGUACUGUUACUGUAUACGCUUUUUAACCUUUAUAUAAUUAUGUGAUAUGCAUGCAUGGUUCUUGUCUAGUUUUAAAUCAUUUAUUUAUUUCAAUACAAAGUUCCACUUAGUGUAAGUUAUUUAUAAUGUGUGAUUCAUUUUUAGAUGUAUUUAAAAGACUAGUUUAUAUUUUAAAAAGCUUUUAUUAGUUCUCUAGUAGCCUGUAGUUAAAC